UGUCGAUUAAAUCACAGCAGAGCAAAAAGUAGCUCCUCAAAAUCAAAAUUACGCAUAAAGAAAAUCAUCGAAUUUUUCGCGAUGUCCGUACGUAAUACAAAGCAGCAGUUACGCGAAUUCCUUAAGGCUGCCAGUGUCGGCCCCCAGCCCAGCGAUAUGGGCCCGGGGAGUCCUGACGAUGAGCCCAGCACCUCGGGGCUGGUCCAGCAGGAGAAGGAUGUCUUGGGGCUACAAUCGAAGGUGGUGAAUGCCGUCGAGACGAAGCAGGCCAUCGAAAGCCCUGUGCCGCAACGCCAGAGCUCAACCGACGGCAGCAUUUCUCUGGAUCUGGAGAGCGAUGACCAAAAUGUGUCCAGCCUUCGCCCGGAAGGCUCGAACAGCUGGACUCAAGGCAACAACAACGAUGCGGUGUAUACGGAUUCACUGACCGUUUCGGUGGAUCGUGUACGUUCGAUGGUCCCCACUCGCCGUGAGCGCUUCUGCAAGGCCUUUUUCAGCAGCCUCUGCGACUGGAUGAAGCGCAUUGCCGCCGGCUUCGGGCUGGCUCCCCAGGAGUCGGUCUCGGCCUGGUACAAGCACUGCUGGGACACACUCGGAUCCGACCCUCUGGAUCAGCACAGUGGCUUCGAACUGGACGGCACCGCCAGACCCAUCGCCACCUCCACGCCCAUGCGUGAGAGUAACUCUAACAAAGCUCCAUAACAAUCCACACAGCAUACUUUUCGCAUUCAAAUUGGUUUCAAUUGAACACCUACACACCACUGCAGAUAGGCAACCACAACAUCGCUUCAUAACAAUCCAAACAGCAUUCCAACUGGUUUCAAUUGAACUCAAAAUAAACUUUAA